AUGAUAGCGGUGUGUAGAUUGAGGGAUGAUGACGCCGGCAAUAUGUCUGAAUACAACAUGGAUUUCAUAGAUAGAACACAUAUAGUUUCUUUAACAAACAGUGAAACGUUGUCUGUUAUUCACUUACAUCAAAAGAAAGACCUUUUAUGUGUAGGGACCGCACAUAGCGGACUCUACCUUACUUCCGCUUCUAAUCCAAUAUUUAGCAACAGUAAUAGCAAGAACAACAAUAUUGACAGAAACGAUAAUGGUUCAGCUUAUAUCACCACCAACACCACCGUUACAAAGUUACCACUGCGUCUUACAGGUGAAAAUAUUUUUGCAGUCUGUUUUAUUGAUGCCUUUGAUAGAGAAUCCGAUGUCUUAGUGAUAUCAUGUGGUUUAGAAUCUGUUAUGCGAGAUCGUUUCAGAGUUUGCCUUUGGGAUGUACAGAGCAAAUCACUCUUGUGGCGUGGAUGUGCAGACGCGUUAGAUGUUAUUGUACCACUACCAGGUGUAUUUGGAUUUGCCACAUGUUCAUCUAAGGAAGUGGCACUAUGGACUGUGCAGUGCUCUGCCCCCACCAACAAUGAUACUCACCGCCUUAGUAGUAGCAAUGGAAGUAGCAGCAAUAACACGACAAUAAUGUCAAUCAACACACGUAAUAAAAGUGAUGGUAUUGGUAAUACUGCAAGGUCUGAGGAGACUGGAAAUGGAACUCUAACGGUUUUAAGUAAACCUUGUAGUAGUGUUAAUGAACUUCGUGAUGCUGAGUUUGUCUCAAUUUUACCACCAGCAACAGCUGCUGAUACAACAUUGACGGCGUUAACAACUGUUGGUUUUUUGGUUUCUUUUGAUCGUUGCAGUGGGGCGCCAGUGAAGUGGAUGGAUAGCAAAGUUUGCCCCGCAACUGCGGUAUACCGCAGCACAACAGACAUUAUUGUUUGUGGUGCGCUAAUUCGAUUCUUCUCCACAGAAAAGUGGGAGUUCCGUGGAAAAAUAAAGCACAAUAAUUCUCCAGCUGUUGUAAGUUCAUCCUUCUUGAAUCGGCUGAUGGAUUCCUUGUGUACUGGGGCUGCUGUCUCUAUCACUGAAAAAACUUGCAAUGACAAUAAGAAUAACCACAAUGUUAGCAAUGAUAGUAAUAACAAUAGUGGUAGUGAGAGGAUUAUGCUCUUCUUUAGCGGUGGUGAUAUGUCACGAUACAACAUUUUCCGACCAGGAAAUGGAACCGGAAAAUUAUCUUUUCACUGUGUAUAUCAACAAACACCUGUAUUACCAGAUGAGGUACCGUUGCGUUGGAUUCCUAUAGCAACAGAUGCUUUCUGUCUGUGGUCUCCGAGAUGUUUGCGUUUCUAUGACUCUACCCUACGGUUUCAAAGAAGCUUAACUCUUGAGAGCACAUGUGUUGCCCAUCACCGUGAUCUUGGUGUGUUGUUACUGUACGAGUCCUCUACUUAUGAGGUAGUUGCCGUCACGCCAAAUGUAGAAUCUGUGUUGUCUCGUCUUGGUGUUGCAGAACCGCUUAUAAGUCUUGUCGUACAUGAAGGGGGUCAGUUUGUUGGAUUAUCUCCUGACAAUAGUUUGUUUUACUUUGAUGGAGAGUGGAAAGAAGAGGGUAAGGAAUUGGUGUUGCGGGUAUUGCGUACCACACGACUAACGAAUUUUGAUGUUCCACUAACACAACUUGUUUCUGUUGAAGGUGCCUUAUUUGUUGCAUCUUCACAUAUAGUUUCCAAUUUACUGACAGGGGCACAUGUAAGAUUUAGUACAGAUAUUACUUCUUUUACUUCUGUCGGUAGCAACUUGUUGGUGACACAGAGUGACUCUUGUGUUGUAGUGGAUGCUACUACUUUAAAAGUUAUGGGAGAUCCACUUGAAGUAACGACAAACCCAAAAGUGGAAUCAGAUGUAAUGACAACAAGAUUAAAAGAGGUGGUACCCACACUUAGUGGUGAUGUUGUCGCAUUACGUAGUGAUGGUGAAAUCUCUAUUCUGCGUCUUGCAGAUAGAUACCAUAUGGCGCAAAUAAGUACUUCAUCUUCUAUUAGAGGUAAUCAAGCAUCUGUUUUUUUGUCUGUGGGUUUCACAACAAAUGGUGAUAGUCUCGUUUUAUCUGACUCUAAGGGUCUUCUUUCCCUGUAUAAAUUAGGGAGUACAGGAAGAAGUUCCUCUGCUUCCACACGGACAUCACGACAUGGCCGUGAACACGGCGGUAGUAGACGAUCAUCAUCUUGUGGAGGACCUUCAAGCGUGGAAUUGCAGUAUCGUUUCAAGGAUCUUCAUGGUUUUUAUGAAACUACUAAACAAUCCCACAGUGAACGCCCUAGUAGUCGAAAGAGAGCCAGUUCAGCUACAAAUAUAAGAAGAGAAGCAAUAUCAUCAACUGGAAAUAAUGGUAAUACUAUGUUUGCAUUGGAAAAAAAGGAUAAUACUUACUCUAUACAAUCAGGACAAGAAUACCAUUCUCUUCCACCAAUGCGGAAAUGGGAAAAUGACCGUGCCCCGGCAAAGUUACCACGUGUAUUUGCUGCUACUGAAGGUGAAGAUGUACGUGUAUCUGCAUCCAUGGUGGAUGUCUCCGCCCUCACCUCUAUAGACUCUAGGGCCGCCUUCAAUUUACACACAGUUACUAAAAGUGAGGCAGACUUAACACCUUCUCUAGAGGCUGAAAUUACUGCGCAGGAACGUGCAAAGGUUAGAUUUGCAGGUGAUGUACCCACAUACGGUGUACGCAGUCCGGCACGAAAAGGUCAGCCAUCGUUGAGUCCCGUAAAGACAACGGAGGAUGAUGUUGUGAAUAUUGAAUCCAUGGAGCGGGAGGAGAUGCCGCAGCGGGGACUCCACACCGGCGGGGAGGCGGUUUGUGGGUUCACACCGCCGCGUUCACACUCCGUCGCUUCUGUCGGGUCGAGUUCCGUGCGGGCCUUAUCGUUGGAAGUGCGUGAUCGAUUACGCGAACUUGCCGACGCCUACGAACAGCAACUACUACAACAACCACAAGACGAUAUGGGUGGCAGCAAUGCCGAUAGCAUAGAUGAUGAAACAGUGGAGGAGUUAUUCACCACAGCGAGUCGAUUAUUCGCGCGACUGCAGUCACGACAGCAAUCACGGCCUGGCAGUGUGGGAAGUGCUGCGAGCGACAUGUCUAGUGUCUCGGUUAAUAUUAUGAUGGCCGAUCUGCAACGUCUACAGCGUCAGAACAGUCGUAUUGAGGCACAGAAUGAGGAAAUACUCGCGAGGUUACGCGCCAAAUAA